UUACUCAUUGAAUCAUACGAAUAUGAACAAGUAUAUGUUCCUGAAAUUCUUAAAGAGUUACAUAAUCUUGUUCCUGCUAUGAAUGAUUAUUUUAAUCUUGUACCAACAGUUAAAAGACAAAUUGAAGAAUCUGAAUUAACUUUUAUUUUAUAUGAGUCUUUUGUUUUGCCUAAUAAAGAACGAGUAAGGGCUACAAAAAAUUUUUACAAUGAACUAAUGUUCAGUAAUGUUUCUAUUCAUAUAGACCCUGAACAGGAUGAAUUUAAAAAGUUUGAUAGAUUUUGCUUUGCAAAA